GAUAGUAUUCGGAUCUUGCAUCGUGCAGAGCAUUGAUAGAGUCGUUUAAGAUACUGAAGCGAUACCACUAAUCUCGACGAUGAACACCGAAGAAGAUUGGCGUUGGGAGAGAUUAAGUUCCUUCAGAAACAGAGGGAGAAGGAGCCGGGAUCCGGGCUUUGCUUUCGGGGAAUCAAGGGGCGGGAGCUGUUGGCCCCGCGAUUGCCAAUGGGAGUGAUAAUAAGAAUAGAAUGGAUGGAGAGAAUAAUGAGUUGGUUUUGCAGGAUACUUUUGCUCAGGAUACUGCGGUUAUGGUUGAAGACCCUAAUAUCUUCAAGAAGAUCUUAGACUCUCAUUUCACUUAAAAGACUUUCCAAACUUCAAGCAAAAGAAUACACACUCGAAGCAUCUCAAGAAAUUAAAUUGCCCAUCUUUGCUACCUCAUACGCUCCUGCAGACAUAAAACAGAUGGGGAUGGUGUUUCCAUUCAAGCCAAUGAUUACAUAUGAGAAUCUGCAAUAUUUUGUUCAUACUCCAAAGGGUCGUUUCAGCCUGCAGUGCUGACAACUUUGAUGGGUGUUAUGCAGCUAUUGUCAGGAUCUUAUAUAUGAGGCAGAUCAUAGUGUCUUAUUCCGGAUGGUGGUCUCCAUUAAGAUAUAGCCGAGACUGUAGUAGCAAUACUUCAGCUACUGAUGAUAAUGGCUAUAAAGAAGAUGAACUUGUACCCCUUUCGAGAGUCAAAGCUGGACAGAAUUUGUUAUGUCAGUUGUGUACAAGUGGAUUACAAGUGAUUAUACUGAUUUGCCGCCUCAACCAGGUGUUUCUGAGGCAGCAGCCAGCGAGAGUGGAGCCCAUAAACAGUCGAAGUCCGAAAGGUAGGAAGGGGAAUCGGAGAGUUGAGCCUUAGAUGACAACGGCGUUUCUGCACCUUGUAAGAACCAAUGAUUUGCCAUAGGUAAGCCAAUUGCCAGGAAACUGUGUUGACCUCAUGUUCAAUGGACGCAACUUCGAAAAAGUCUCCCCUGGACUUGCAAUUUGUGAAGGGGAAUUCGGCUGAUUCACUGCAUCAGGAAAUCCUUGAGUCUCCAAGCAUAGCCCAGCAUACAGAGGAAGAAGGAUUUGACUGGAAAAAAGAUAAUAAGUUUUUGUUUGAAAGAAGUGGAAGGGGAGACUAAAGAUAUGGUGGCUGUGUGUUUUAUUUGGGACAGAAGAAGAAGGAUUUGACUGGAAAAAAGAUGAUGAGGGUUUUGGAUCUCGAUGUGCAAGACAAGGGUGGCUCCUUCAAUUUGCUUGUGUUCAACUGCUAUAUUGAAUGUUUACCUAAUGCGCCAGUCAAAAAAAAAAUCUCAAAGGGAUGAGUUUAUCUUCUGCUUCUAUAUCUGGAUAAGCACAAAAUGAGUGGACUCAUUCAGAAUUAUGUUGUCGUUAUUUUUAUAUCAGAUUCUAAUUCGCAAAAAAUCUAAGAAAGU